ACACAGUAAACGUGACGUACAAGAACCAGGACCAAUUGGGGUCCAGUAUGGGCGAGUCAAACACAGAUAACGGACCCCAAAAUCCCUCCGUCUGCUGCAUGGAUGAUAAUUAUGUAUAAUUAUCUGAAACGUUAUGAGUUUUGGUGUUUUCCGUACAGGGAGACGACAAUGCCGACCACCGAUGUAGAAAUACACUGAAGUAAGUCAGUGAGAUGUCUCUGGCUCAGAGGGUUUUGUUGACCUGGGUCUUCACCCUGGUCUUCCUCAUCAUGUUAGUUCUGAAACUGGACGGGAAGGUGCAAUGGAACUGGUUCCUCAUCUUCCUCCCGGUCUGGGUAUUUGAUGGCAUCCUGAUCCUCAUGCUUGCCAUCAAGAUGGCAGGCCGUUGCAAGCCCGGGUACGACCCACGCAAUGGCUCUCCAGACCUGCGUCUGCGUGCCUGGUACCUGACGGCCAUGCUGCUCAAGCUGGGCUUCUGCCUGACGCUGUGCGCCAAGCUGGAGAAGCUAGCUGACGUUAAGCUGACAUUUGUGUGUAUACCACUGUGGACCAUGUUGCUAGGGGCGCUGGUCGAGCUGGGGCUUAAUAUCUUUCCUGAAAGGAGAGAGGCCUAAGAGCGACGAAUCAUUACACCAACAACAAACAAAAAACUAUC